CCUGACAGGACUGUCUGAGGCAGUAACAGAUUACUUUCCUUUUGCCCUCUCAGUUGCUCCAUUACCACCUCGCGUCUGCGGUUUUCCUGCAGCGAGAUGAGGGAAAUGAAGUCAACAGAGCCUUCUGCAAAUCAAGCCUGUGGCACCUUUUUCAGGCCGGCACACUUCAAAACAUCCCCUGAGCAUUGGCGAUCUUUCGUCAAGGGCAUGGUUCGCCUUGGGGACUAAAUCAGUCCCUUCGUCCUAUGUCACAGCUACUGUGGCUUCCCUCACACACAUCCUGCCACAUCCCCAAAUUACGGAAGGAAGUUUAAAAUUAAGUCAUACAGAUGAAGUGCAUAGCGCAGGAGGCAGGCGCUGCUGACGCCCACAAGGAGAGGGUGCUGCUCGAAUGACACGAUGGACGGAGACAUGGCUGAGACGCUGGAAGAAUUUGUAUCGGGGCCGCUGGUUACUUGGGUGCAAACCUUGGAGGCUCUGAUGGACUCAAGAUCUGAUCAGCCCCCUUCUCCCCUGGGCGAGAAAAGACAUGGAGGCCCCCAAGAGUAUUUCCUCAAGCUGGUUGGUGGGGACUUCCUCAUCCAUAUAAUGGAGAUAAUAGACCUGAUUCCUGGGGGGGCACAACCGCCAUGGAGAGAGCAAAGCGACGAGGCACAGAGGUUGCAAAUGCUCCAAACCGUCCUGCAGCGACUACGCAAAUUCUACCAGAACGAUUCGCAACAACUGAUUCUUUCAUCGCCUCCUAAUGUAUAUCUUCUGGCCCGAGAUCCUCUCACAGCACAGGCUGUUGGGGAGAUGAAGAAGCUGAUGCUGCUCUUGCUGGGGAGUGCUGUCCAGUGUGAACGGCGGGACGAGAUAAUUGGCCUUAUCCAGACACUGGACAUUGGGACCCAGGCUGCCUUGGCUUCUGCUAUCCAGGAAGUGACCCAAGAGCCCAAAAAUGUGCUGAGGUUGCAGUGGAAGCAACUAGGACCCUCCGAGAUGGAAGAGCUCCUCUGGAACAUGGUGUCCCGCACUCGUGAGCUGGUGCAUGAGCGAGACGCAGGCUUGGAGAAACUGUGGGAGCUGCAGGAAGGACGGGAACUGCCCCCAGUCCCCCCACCGGAGAGCUGUCGUCAGCAUCUUGGGGUGCAGCUUGCUGAAUCUCGGGCCCAGGUGCGGCGUCUGCAGCAUGAGCUGGAAGAGAAAAUGGAGGAACUGCUAGAUCAAGAAGACGAACUAAAGAAUUUGGAGAGGCAGCUUCAGAAGUUGCGGCAAGAGAACCGGGAGCUGGUGGGCAAGGCCCGCCUGACUGGGCAGUACCAGGAUGAGCUGGAUGCCUUGAAGGAGAAAACCUUGCGGAUGGAACGGCUUCAGGCAGAACUGACUGCCCUGAGAGAGCGGCUGCCUGCUUUGGAGCAGUGCCGUGCCCAACUGAGGGAAGAACGUGAGUUUUCCCAGGCCUUGCUGGAGACAAAGGCCAUGCUGGAGGGGAAGCUGGAGGCUGCUCGCACCCAGGGGAAGCACCUCAACCAGCUGGAAAAGGAGAGGCUGCGUCUGCAAAGCUGCUUGAGCCAGACCCAAGAGGAACAGGACCAGCUCUACCACCAGACUGAGGAGCUUCUGAGGGAGAACUUGGCUCUCAAGAGUCAGCUGAGGCGAAGUUUAGGGGAGUCCCUCAACGCACUCCGAGCAGAAGAGAUAGAACGUGACUGGGCCCCAGAUGAACCUUUUGAAGGGCCUGUUUUGUUAAGCUGUGAGGUGAAGGAGGCAGGUCGGUUGCUGGCCCUGGAGCGGGAGAACCAGGAUCUGCGCAGGCAGCUAGAGGAAGCCCUGGAGGACCCCAGCAAGUCCAGAGAUUUGGAAGCAGAAUCAAAGAAUGCCGUGCUUGAUGAAGAGCUGGAAUCACGGCAAAGCCGGGUGGAGCCAGAGGCAGGAAAGCAGGCUGCAGACCUUACAGACUGUUUUCCAGAAGCCCAGAAGCAGCGAGAGGGUAAGGCGUUGGCUCCAGAAAGGAGAGCGAGCCAGGGCCUGAGGCAAGAGACUGAGGCGGCCUUGUCAGAGGCUCGGACCCUGUUGAGGGAGGCCGAACAUCAGCAGGAAGCAGAGUCCCGCGGUGCAAUGGGCCUUGAAGACAGGCUAAGGAGCCUGCAGGAGGCUCACGCCAACACCCUGGAGGAGCGAGAGGGAGAGCAUGAGCGGUGGCGCUUGGAGACUGAGCGUCUGGUGGAGGAGGUCCAGGCCCUGGAGCGAGAGCAGGCAGCCUUGCGGGCCGGAUCCCAGGCCUUGCAGGCCGCAGCCACCCUGGCUGAGUUGGAGCUGGGGGAGGCCCGGCAGAGCCUCCAAGGCGAGCGGCUGCAAGGGGCCCAGCUGGCCCAGAAGGCCCGGCGGCUGGAGGAGGACUUGUGCGAGGCCCGGCGGGAGAUGGAGGGCCUGCAGCGCAGCCUGGAGCAGCAGAAGGUGACUCUGCCUCAGAUGGAAGUCGAGAAGGGGGCCCUAGGAGAGAUGCUCAGCCAAGCGGAGGACCAGCGGCGGCAGCUGGAGAAGGCCAACCGGCGCCUGAAGGCCCAGACUCAGGCGCAGGAGGAGGCGCUGGCGGCUCAGGGCCUGCACCUUGUCCACCUCGAGGCCCAGAGCCGUCAGCAGGCAACAGAGCUGGGCAGCCUGCGGGAGGCCACUCAGCGUCUGAGGGAGCUGGAACAGGAGUGUGCAAGCCUGAGAGAGCAGCUGGACUCCAAGCGUGAGGCUUCAGCCAUCCUGGAGGAGGAGCUCCAGAAGGAGAAAGCGGAGGGGAAGGAGAGGGAAGCCAUCUUGGCUCAGCUGAGGGAGCAGCUGUUGAAGAAGGAAGAGAGUCCCCAGGUUGGGACACAGAGCAGGCCUCCCAGCCAGGAAAAGCAAGAGGAACAUUCCAAUGGGAAGGAGCUGGAGCUGGAGGGGGAGAACAGCGCACUCAGGAGGCAGCUUGAGGAACUGCACGCUUUCAAGCAGCAACACGCAAACAAUGGCCAGGAUGGAUGGAUGGAUGGAUGGAUGGAUGGAUGGACUGCCUUCAAGUUGAUCCCGACUUAUGGCAACCCUAUGAACAGGGUUUUCAUGGCAAACAGCAGCCUUGCUGUUCCACUGUUAUCGGAGGAGCCGCCUGUGACCCAGGGCACGGAGGGACAGAGUGAACAGGAACCUGACUUGUUGCCCUUCCAGGUUAAUACAAGAAGCGAGGCCCUGAGUGCGAGAAUCAUUGAAGUGGAACGCAGGAAUGCCGUUCUGCAGGCUGAGAAAUCAGCACUAACGGGGCAUCUCGGCCAGCUGGAGUCGCAAGUAGGCAGCCUGCAGGUGGCUUUGCUGGGCCUGCAGGCCCAGAGUGCUGACGCAAAGGAGGAAAGCGGGAGAUGGCAGGCUCAGAACAGCACAUUGCAGGCGGAGGCCACAUCGCUGCGUUCCCAGCAAGCACUGCUGGAAUCUCAGCUCCUGGAGCUGCGGCAGAGGCUGUCCGUCCUGGAGGCAGAAGUUCGGGGCGUCCAGCAGGAGCGGGAGGAGUGGCGGGGGCGCUACGAUGCCCUCCUGCGGGAUCACGACCGCCUGACAGUCCUGCACGAGCGGCAGGGAGCUGACCUGGAGGGGCUGCUGGGGAAACACGUCAGCCUCAAGGGGGCGCUGCGCGGCCUAGAGCAGGAGCACCGUGAAGUGCAGGCCAGGCACAGGGAACUGUUGGGGCAGAAAGCUGGCCUGGAACAGCGGGAGGCAAAACUGCAGGGUCAAAAGGAUAGUUUGGAGGAAGCCGAGCGGGAUCACCAGGGACUGGUAGCGCAGCACAGCAGCCUUAAGGAGGAGCAUGAGCGCCAUCUCCCCAGGGUGAAGCAGGCCCUGGCCCAGGCGGAACGAGCAUGGGACGACCUCCAGGGGGAGCUCCGAGGAACGAGGAACCGGGUGACGAGCCUGCAGCUGGAGCAGGCGAGGCUGGAGGCUGAGAGCACCGCCCUGACGGAGCAGAACCGGCAGCUGGACAUGGCGCUUGGGCGCCUGAGCACCCAGUGCGAGCUGCUAGGCCAGCUGAAAGGGAACCAAGAGGAGGAGAACCGGCACCUUCUUCAAGAGAUCCAGGCGCUCAGCAGGGAGAACAGGCACUUGCUGGAGCACAGCAUGGAGAGCCGGGAGCAUUUCCAGGAAGAGCAACGCCAGUACCUGGACAAACUGGGCGAGCUGCGUCGGGAGAAACAGAAGCUGGUGGAAAAGAUCAUGGACCAGUACCGGGUGCUGGAGCCAGCACUUCCUCGUGGCAAGAAGAGCAAUUGGAUCACUGAGAAAAUUAGGAAGCUGAUGAAAACUCGGCGGGAGGCUCCCCGCGAGCAGCUGCGCCCCAUGGCAGAGGGAGCCGGCAGCAGCGAGAGCUUGACGGGACAGGAGGGGCAUGGGGCUGAUGGGACAGUUUCUAGUACUCCUGGCUCGCCAGCCCCUCUACACAAAGCAAGCAGCACACUCAGCAUCCUGGAUGCCCAGCAGGUCCACUUCCGCCGUCACAGGUUGAGCUCACGGAUGCCAGUGGUGGAACACCCGGGAGAAGCGCAGGACACUCCCCGCCAGCGAUUCCGCCAGCGCCGACUGGGUAUGUUGGGAGGUUCCCAUGAAGAAGCCGCUGCUGUUGCUGCUGCUGCAGAGUGGGAGAUCCCGAGCCAGAUUUCCACAAGCGACAAGGAGGAGAGAGGUGAGAUUAGAGGACCCCCGAUGGGUGAGGAAGAACAAGGCCCAAAGUGUCUGCUAUGAUGAUCUGGAGGAAGAGGGAUCACCUGUACAGCUUCUUCCAGUCCUGAACAGCUCUGAACAUUUAAUUGCAAGUGUUAAAUGAAUGUAAAGCACAAGAUUGGGUUUGGAAGGAUGCAUAGGUGCUCCAGAACAGUGGUGCCAUCAGGGGAACACUUUGGGGCAGAUGCCCAUGUCCCCACCUGGCAGAAUGAACAGCAGGGCCCCUUUCUGCAGCAGGGUGAGCUGCUGCCUCACUGCAUUUUGAAGUAAGUGAUGUAAUACGCAUUGCCAUCUAAAGAGGGUGUCCAAGUAAGACCAGUCUUAAAAAACCUAUCUAACUGUACUAAAGAAUGUAAGAACUCUGCUGAAUGGGAGCCAGGGCCAUCUGUGUUAACAACAGCGCCAGCCAGGUGGCAGCCCUUCUGGGACGCUUACAAGGAGCACAUGAAGGCAACAGCCUUUCCUUGCAGUUUGUCUCUGCCUUCUGGUUCUUGGAGGUAGACUGCCUCCAAACAUGGAGGUUCCACUUAGCUCUCAUGGCCAAACAGCCAUUGACUCUCCUCCAGGAACUUCAAAAUCCCUUUUUAAAAACCAUCUCUACGCUAGUGGUUGUCACCCCAUCUUGUGGCAGCAAAUUCCAGGAUUUAGUGUUGCCCACUCUUACUUUUGUUUUCCUGCUCGGAGGCACAGCAUCUGCUUUGCAUGCAGAAGGUCCCAGGUUCAAUCUCCGGCAUCUCUAGGUAGGGCUGGGGAAAGGCCCCUGCCCGAAAUCCUAGAGAACAACUGCCAGUCAGGGUAGACAGUACUGAGCUGUCUGGGCCAAUGGUCUGAUUCAGAGUCAGGCAGCUUCUUGGAUUGCAUGCACCCACUCACAGGCCACGGCUGAGAGGUCCAGCCCUACCCGGCCUUCCUCAGAGCCAAACUAGAUGUGACAUUUGUCAUACAGGUUGGCGCUGCAUAGCUGAUCUUUGAGCAAGUGUGGGGAGGAGGGAGGGAGAAGCCAGAUUGGGACCUUGGGAUGGGGAAAGGGCACUAUAAGCCUUUGCUACCAUUGCAGUCCUGAGGAGACUGAGAGUCUUCCUGUCAUUACCAAGAGCGUAUGUGGGGAACCCUCAGAUCCUACAGUGGGCAGGAGUCUCACAAACACUGCCCACCUUUCUCUUUGUCCCUCGAAGGGUGAUGCCCCCCCAGUUCAAUUACUGCAGGUUUGUAAUGUAUUUAAAAAUAAAAGC